AAAAGAAGUUGGGGGAGAGAAGAAAAUGGCUUCUAAACCAGGGAUCCUCACAGACUGGCCAUGGAAACACCUUGGAAGCUUCAAGUAUGUGGUUUUGGCACCCUGGGUGGUUCAUAGCAUGUACUCCUACAUGGUGAAGGAUGAAAGUGAGAGAGACUUCUCCAACUUCCUCAUCUUCCCCUUUCUCUUGUCAAGGAUGCUUCAUAAUCAGAUAUGGAUUUCCCUCUCUCGCUACAGAACUGCCAAAGGGAAUAACAGGAUUGUUGACAAGAGCAUUGAAUUCGACCAAGUUGACAGGGAAAGGAACUGGGAUGAUCAAAUCUUGUUCAAUGGGACACUCUUCUACUUGGGUGCCUCGACACUCAAAGGUGGUUCUCACCUGCCAAUAUGGAGGACAGAUGGUGUGAUAAUCACAAUUUUACUUCAUGCUGGCCCUGUUGAGUUCCUCUACUACUGGCUUCACAGAGCAUUGCACCAUCACUACCUCUACUCUCGCUACCAUUCUCACCACCAUUCCUCCAUUGUCACUGAGCCCAUCACAUCUGUGAUUCAUCCAUUUGCAGAACACAUAGCAUAUUUCACCCUCUUUGCAAUACCACUGCUGACAGUGGUGCUAACUGGGACUGCCUCCAUUGUUUCAUUUGCUGGUUAUGUCACUUAUAUUGACUUCAUGAACAACUUGGGUCAUUGCAACUUUGAGCUUAUUCCCAAGUGGGUCUUCUCCAUCUUCCCCCCUCUCAAGUACCUCAUGUACACACCCUCGUAA